ACACACAUCCCAGUGUGACUUUGCCUCACGGAACACAGUUUAAAAACCCCUGCCUGUAUCAACCCGUAGCGAAUUGAGAGGGACGCACGUACAUGCCAGAAAGCGUUGUUGUGUACUCGAACUCAUACGACGAUUGCGCGCUGUGUGUAGUUAUUUUUGCCAAAGCUUCUCCUCUCAGUGAACGGAAAGUUCAAUGCAAGCUUCUGCUUCUCCACUUCGAGUUCUGACUUGCACACGGCUGGAGCGCGCUCAUCUCGACUGCCGUAGUCGUCGUCGGUUGGAGGUGUCCACUGGGUUGAGCUGGUUUUGACUUCAUCAUUAGACUUCGUUAGACAAGACUCGUCGAGUGCAUCUGGGGUUGCUUUCCUUUGUGACUGACUGCUGUGCAAAUUGGUUGAACAUUUCUCAUACGUCGGUUCUGGUUGCAAUAUUUCGGAAGUGAGCAUUUUUUCGGCAGGUUUUCGAAUGUGAAAGUAAAAAUACGGUGCAAAAAGGGCGACAGUGGAAAUUGCAUUCAGUGUUCCCCUUGAGCGCGAAGUGACUUCAAGGAUAUCGCAGAUUUCAUUCUAAUGUGCCUUACAGUGUGUGAAUAAAGAGCGAUUGCUGGAGGAGUGCGCAGCUGUAACAGAAUAAAGAGCAUUACGUUUCCCGCAGGGCAGAGUGAAUAAGCUGUGCGACGCAUUUUCUCGUUACCAACAGUUGGAUACAUUACCUACACGAUUGAGCGCAGAUUUUUCAAAGUGGAUUAGCCGUUUUUCGCCGUAUUCAAUAUGCACCAGCGCAGAACGUUCGAGAUGAACUGAGCUGCAGUCUGCUAGAAUGGGUUGAACGGAGAACGAAAAUCUAGCUUCCUUUCUGCAUAUGUCGGUGUGUGCUAUGUAUAUAUAGUUGAGCGGAACCGGAAGUCCCAAUUACAUCACAAUGCCGACUGUCAUAUCAAAGUUUGCCAAAAAGUCCUUCGAUAAGCUCGAGGAGCUGGGCUGCUCCAAAGAGCUAGUCUCCCGAGGACUACUUGGGACAGCCCUUGUCGCCUACGGUUUGAAGCUGUCCUACCCAUACAUCAAGCAACAACUAGAACGUAGUCAAAGUACAACAACCGAAACGAAAUGUGAUAGUGGUCUUAGUAGAAAUGAAAACAACAACCUCACCAAGGCGGUCAUCGAGGAUCCCGAGGACAAAAUCGAAAAAAUAAUCAUCGAGAAGAAACGAAGACGGAAAAAAUUGCCUGGCCUUAACCUAGAGUUCAUUCUCCAGCUGAAAAAGUUGAUCCAAAUCAUGGUGCCGCGUAUUUUGUGCGAAGAAACGGCUCUGCUGGCCGUUCACACCACGUGCCUCAUAUCGAGAACCUUCCUGAGUAUUUAUGUGGCCGCGAUGGAAGGCGCCAUAGUCAAGUACAUUGUGAGGAAAGAUGUGAAAAAUUUUGUGCUUAUGCUGCUGAAGUGGUUCGGCAUAGCGAUACCGGCCACGUUCAUCAACUCAAUGAUUCGUUAUCUGGAGAACAAACUAGCACUGGCGUUUAGAACCCGUUUAGUGAAUCAUGCUUACGAUAUGUACUUCAAGAACCAGACUUACUACAAAGUAUCGAAUCUGGACGGCCGGAUCGAGAACGCAGAUCAUCGGUUAACCGACGACAUUUCGACCUUCUCGAGCUCGGUCGCUCACCUGUACAGCCACCUGACGAAACCAUGCUUCGAUCUGAUGUUGAUUGGAAUUGCUAUGGCACGCUCGUCGCGAAAAAUGAAAGCCAACAUUGUGAUGGGACCGGCGUUGGCAACGAUCGUGAUUGGAACGACGGCGCACAUUCUGCGUAUAGUGUCACCCAAAUUCGGUCAGCUCGUGUCGGAGGAGGCUAAUCGUAACGGAUACCUGCGUCAUGUGCAUUCCAAGAUAAUCACGAACGCUGAGGAGAUCGCCUUCUACGGGGGUCACAAGGUGGAGCAUGCUCAACUGCAGGAUGCGUACUCGAGGCUGGUCAAUCAGAUGAACAACAUCUUCACGCAAAAGCUGUGGUUCAUCAUGCUGGAGCAAUUCUUCAUGAAAUACGUCUGGUCCGGUACCGGCAUGGUGAUGGUUUCGCUGCCAAUUUUAACUGUCAACAGUCUUCCAGGCGGUAAAACCCGCAAAAAUAAGGGCGAUUCAGAAUUCGGAGUCAGCGAACGAACGCAGUACUUUACUACAGCUAGGAACUUAUUGCUCAGCGGCGCUGAUGCAGUUGAGCGCUUAAUGUCAUCGUACAAAGAAAUCGUAGCCCUGGCUGGCUACACGAGUCGUGUCGCUGGAAUGUUUGAGGUGUUUGAUGAAGUUUCCCAAGGGAUAUACCAGAAGACGGUAGUUGCCGUGGAUCGCAACGAUGGAGGUAUAUUAGAAUUUAAGAAUGGACAACCAGUUGCCAAAGGAACGAUUGUGUGUAGCGAUAAUGAGGAUGACAUGUCAAUUUCGUUGGAAAACGUGCCUGUAGUGACGCCGAAUUGUGACAUUGUGGUGUCCAGUUUGACCUUGACCAUUGCACCAGGAAUGCAUUUACUAAUUACGGGACCAAAUGGCUGUGGCAAGUCCAGCUUGUUCCGCAUCCUGAGCGGAUUAUGGCCCAUCUACGGAGGCACCCUGCGUAUUCCUAAGCUAUCUCAGGGCAAGCCCUGUAUGUUCUAUAUUCCACAACGGCCGUACAUGUCGUGCGGUAGUUUGCGAGAUCAGAUAAUCUAUCCUGAUACGCGGAAGGAAAUGUUGAGCAAGAACAUCACCGAAUGUCAGCUCAGAGAAAUCAUGAGAUUGGUAUCACUUGAGCACAUCAUUGACAGGGAUAGCUUCGAUGAAAUCAGAGAUUGGAAGGAUACUCUCUCUGGAGGCGAAAAACAACGAAUGGCCAUGGCUAGGCUGUUCUAUCACAAGCCACAUUAUGCCUUACUGGAUGAGUGCACUAGUGCAGUAUCGAUUGACGUCGAAAGCUCCAUCUAUGAAACCGCAAAGUCUAUGGGAAUCACUCUCCUUACCAUCACACAUCGACCAACUCUAUGGAAAUUCCACACCCACAUCCUGGAGUUCGAUGGCCAGGGGGGAUGGGUUUUCGAGCCCCUUGCCAAGGAUGCGCAGCAGAAGGUUCCUAUCACAAAGCAGAGCUUGUUUCAAAACCAUAAACCAUUCACGGACGCACCGGAGAUGACACCGUCGGCUGUAUCUGCGUGAUUGCUCUCCUGCGCACUCCCUAAUAGUUCAUCACAUUUUAUCGAGAUUAUCGAAAUUUAACUAUCUGUGACAGUUGUAGUAAAUUUGUUGAGGGUGGGGUUCUACGUUUUGCCACAAAGCGUAAGGGAAUUUAUAGGUACUUAUAGUACGCAAUGUUGUGAGCAUAAGAUUCAACUUUAAUGGUUAUCGAAUUUAAAAUCGUUUUAAUUGUCAAUUUCAAGUACUUUGAAACACAACUCUCUUGUCAGUUCAUGCUAUGCCGUUUUAAUCAGUGAUCACAACAUUUCUGUGAUCGAAAAGUUAAGGCUUUUUUAAACUCGUUAGUAAUUUUUCUGUACAUAGGUCUUUAGAAGGAAUUUGAAGCAUAGGUUUAUAUCCCAAAAAUAAAGGCUAAUUAACCUUACAAA